AUGGCUUCUCCCUACUUCCUCUUCCUUGUUCUUGUGGCUGCGGCUACAGCUUAUGGAUCAGAGCUAUGCACAGACUUUUACUCUGAUUGCUGCCCAAACUUGUUAACUAUUGUGAAGAGAGGAGUCAUUAAAGCACUUCAAAAUGAACCACGCGUGGGAGCUUCCUUGCUCCGAUUGCAUUUCCAUGACUGCUUUGUAAAUGGCUGUGAUGCAUCCAUAUUGUUGGAUGAUACAAGCAGUUUCAUAGGAGAGCAGACAGCAGCAGCUAACAACAAAUCAGCCAGAGGAUUCAACGUCAUUGAUGAUAUUAAAGCUGAUGUGGAGAAACAAUGCCCAGAAGUGGUCUCAUGUGCUGAUAUUCUUGCUCUUGCAGCUCGAGACUCUGUGGUUCAUUUAGGAGGCCCUUCCUGGGAAGUUGGAUUGGGAAGAAGAGAUUCAACUACAGCAAGCAGAAAGGAUGCUAAUGACAGCAUUCCUGCGCCGUUCCUCAGUUUAAGUGCUCUCAUAAAAAAUUUUGCUAACCAAGGCCUCUCUGUUACAGACUUGGUGGCUCUUUCAGGGGCACAUACCAUUGGCUUGGCUCAAUGCAGAAAUUUCCUAGCACACAUCUACAAUGACUCCAACGUUGAGCCAUCCUACCGCAAGUUCCUGCAGAGCAAGUGCCCCAGAAGUGGAAAUGACGAAAAUCUGGAACCGCUUGACCACCAAACUCCAAUCCAUUUCGAUAAUUUAUAUUUUCAGAAUUUAUUGAGCAAAAAGGCUCUUCUUCAUUCCGACCAGGAGCUAUUCAACGGUAGUUCUACUGACAAUCUGGUAAGAAAAUACGCUACAAAUACCGCUGCGUUCUUUGAAGACUUUGCCAAGGGCAUGGUCAAAAUGAGCAGCAUCAAGCCUCUCACAGGAAGCAAGGGCCAGAUCAGAAUCAAUUGCGGGAAAGUCAAUUGA